ACCGAACUUGCACGAAGCUCUGACGACGACGACUGUCAUAGUAUCUCAUAUCCUGAUUGGCAACGUUAUGACUACGCCGCCUCUCGACGUGAUCACAGACCUGCGGGUCAAGUGGAACGCGUUCUCCGCCGACUACACGGAGGUAUUCAACAAGUCCAUCUCCAUCCAAAGCGCCCGCGAACUCCACCGUCACUUGGACCUUGACACUGCUACGUCCGUGCUCGAAGUCGGCGCCGGCGCUGGCUUGGGCUCCCUCGAUGCCUUGCGUUACUUGGAAUCGUCUGGCCUUGGAACCAAGUACAUUCUAUCGGACUUGUCUCCAUCCAUGUUGGAUCUCGCCAAGCAGAACAUUUUGGCGUCGAAGUGCACCAUCCCCAUCGACGUGGUCGAAGCCAACGCCCAAGAUCUAAAGCUCCCUGAUGCGUCUGUUGACCGCUACAUCUCGACGCUGGUGCUGCAGCUGGUACCAGACCCCAACGCCAUGUUGCGCGAAUCCCAUCGCGUGCUCGGGUCUGGCGGCGUCGCUGGGUUCGUGAUCUGGGGCCAGGUCGAGCACACUGCGUUCUUCCGGCUGCUGGCCGCCGCCAACGACAAGCUCGGCGUCCCUUCGGGGUUCACAUCCAACUACGCACUGGGACGAGACCUGCCGACACUCCGGGCUAAACUUCGAACCGCGGGGUUCUCGUCUGCGUGCGUGUGGCUGUACUUGGCCGUUGCUGAGAAAUGGGAAGCAGAAAAGUAUGCGACGCUGGCGGGCCGGCUGUUCCCCGUGGACGACGAGGCCUUCCACCUCCGACGGCAUACAGUUCUCGUGGAAUUGGCGGCGGCGUGGCUGGCCACAGGGCAACCCAUUGGCAUGGAAACGUACUUGGUCGUGGCCAAGAAGUAAAGCAGAAGCGUCGCUGUGUUGGGAUUGGGGCGUGUACAAUGUGACUUCGACAGAGUGGGGACGUAGCAGCACUACCAUAACUAAUGACGCUCUUGGCACACCACAGUGGGCUUCUCAAGUCAGCAUUCCUACCGUCUAUCUACAUUUAACUUUGCAAAGUGCCAACUCAUAUUUCACAUGGGUCAGAUCGAAUUCGUACUAGCCAUCUAUCUACAUAUCGAACCAUUCGCGAUUCGACUAAGAAUCCACUGCCGCCAGUUAUAAGUGUCGAAACAGUCAACAUUUGCAAGUCACAG